UCUAUAGAAGCUGAUGCUGAAGGAGAUGAGCCAGGUCAUCGCCGAGCGCGUGCUGGAGGACGCGCAGGCCGCCGACAUCUUCCGCGCGCGCAUCGCCGAGGCGCACCGCCCGCGCGACCCCGCCUACCUGCAGCCCGAGUUACCGCACCCGUUGUUCGCGCUGGACGUCGAGCAAGCGCUCUGCGCGCACGACAAGCACCCGCACCUUCGGCUCGAGUUGCUCUGGGACCCGGCGCACAGGGACAGCAUCAUCCGGAGCAUGGGCGAGGCGUGCGAGGUGCACGUGUCGGCGGCGGGCGCGGCGCCGCUCACGCUGCACGCCUGCCUCGCGCACUACACGCGCGCCGAGCACCUGGCGCAGGAGGACGCCUGGAGGUGAGUCUCCGCAGUACAGCGACACUUGAAUGUUGUUACAUCAUCCGGAGCAUGGGCGAGGCGUGCGAGGUGCACGUGUCGGCGGCGG